AUGAGUACUACCUCGAGUCAUUCUCCUUCGUGGAAUGCCACGAGUAGUGGUGCUUUAGCGGGUGGCAGCCCAGCAAUCAAACAUAAUGAACAAGCCGCUAAUGAACAACAGAGUACUUCAAAAGCUUUAAAAGGCCAAUAUAUCCAUGGAGAAUCUGAAACUGUAGGAUUUGAUAUGGGCAAUGCAGGAUUAGCAAGUCAGAACGUUGUUGAUGCCAAGGAAAUUGAGAGAUUUAAAAAUAUGCUGCAUAAGUUAGAAAAGUUUCAAAAUGACAACAGUAAUGGGGAAACCUUGAUCUCUGAUAGUGAAGAAAUUUCCUUUGAUAAGCACAGUUUGGAAAAAUUGUUAGACCAUUACCAAAAUUUGGUUCAGAGAGUAGGUGGUGAAAGAAUGUCAGCGGAGACUAGUGAAAUACUCGAUCAAUUGUCAAAUUUAAAGGAUUCUAAUAGAAUGAGAAAGUUGGCUAUAAUGGCUGAUCCCUGUUUAAAUUGUAGAGAUGCAAAGAAGAAGUGUACUAUGAUGCCAGGAUCACAGAACUGUGUAAGAUGUGAAACUAAGAGUUUGGAUUGUCGAAUGGUGGAUAACUUAAACGAUAAGAAGCGUAGAGAAAGUUUUGGUACAGACUCUUAUCUGUCUAAAAAGCAGAGAUUACCUGAAAACUCAGAGAAUAUACAAAUUUCUCAUUCCUAUCCUGGUCACUUGAAUAAUGUUAGGUCAGAACAGAACUAUCCAAAUACAUUUACAAGAGCUCAAGAAAAUUCUAGCACCGUUGUAGAUUCAUCACAAAGGAGUAGUAAUUCAAAUUUGCAUCGUUACGUACAAUCAAACCCAGCUUCUCAGAUUCAAUUCCCAGCAGAUGAGUUCAGUCAACAACAAAAGAAGACUAUCAGGUAUCCUCGUUCUUCAUUUUUUGUGGGGCCAACUUCAUCGUAUGAUAUAAGCCUUAUGAACAGUAUCAAGUUUGAUAGAAUCAAUCAAGUUCAAUUAUCGGAUUCAUUAAUUCUGCGUAAAGUUUCAGAUGAUGUCCAAUUUUUACUUAAAGAAGACAACAAUCCAAUUACUCAAUUGAAGCAAGAGCAAUAUGUCGACCUUGUGGAAAAAUUAGUUUAUCCAAAUGGGAAGGUAUUAGUUGAAAUUUUUUUUAAAUUUGUCCAUCCAUAUUUCCCAAUUUUACAUGAAUCAGUCUUUAUAGAGAAGUAUUCAAGAUCAUAUAGUGAAAUCACUGCACCAUUGUUAGCCUCGAUUUAUUCCUUGGCGUUACAAUGGUGGGAUUUCCACCCAAGCUUAAUUGGGUUUCAAAAACCAGAUAUUCAAAAUCAGUUAAAUACAAUCGCUUAUAAGUCUUUUUAUGAAUUAAUAGAAAGACCAAAAUUAGGGAUUGUACAAGCUGGUUUGUUGAUACUACAGGCAAGAAGUGAAAAUACCAGUAAUUGGACCCUUUGUUCCUCUGUAGUUGCAGUGGCUGAAGAACUGGGUCUAGGGGUUGACUGUCAGAAAUGGCAAUUGCCACAAUGGGAAAAGCAUUUGCGUCAACGUAUUUCAUGGGCAGUGUGGUCAUUUGAUAAAUGGAUAGCAUUGGUUGAAGGAAGGCAGUCUCAUUUGAUCUUAGGCAGAAAUUGGAUGGUUAGGCCACUGAGGGAUACCGAUCUUCCAGCUUCGUCGCCUAUUAUAAACCAGAGUUUAACCUUGAAUGAAAGAAGCGGAAAUACCAUGAUGAACAAUUUAAAUCUAUUUGAUAUGGUCCCCACAAAUGAGGAUUUUGUUCAAGGUACCAUGAUGUUUAAGUAUAGAAUAUCUCUAAGUAUAAUAUUGAGUGAGAUUAUGAGUACUUUUUACAGCGAACAUUCAAAACAAAUAGUAAAUAUAGAAGAUGUUUUAAACCUAGCCAAACCGUUGCAAUUAAAAUUAAAAGAGUGGUAUCGUUCGUUGCCUUCAUUUUUAUUAAUGACAAAUUUUAAAGAAAGAAAAUUCAAUGCUAAUGCGUCUUUGAUUUUGGCAUAUUUUGCAACUGAACUUACUUUACAUAGGAAAAUCAUCUCAGUGUUAAAGACAGACUCGCCUGACGAGAUAUCUUUUGUAUGCCGUACUGCAGCAAAAGCAAGAUUGGUUGCAGCGAUUGAGUUUGUUCAUGAUUUGAAACCAGAACACAUUAAUGCUUUCUGGUAUGCAUCAUCAACAGGAAAUUUGAUGCUGGUUGCCACAUUUGCCUCGAUAUUACAUUUAUCUUCGACCACAGUUGAAGAGGCGCAAUUGUUUAAAGAUUAUUUGAGAAACUAUAUUUGGAUCUUAAGAGUGAAUUCAAAGUCUUUCGACAAAGAAAAAUUUGCAUUAACACGUCUUCAUAUGUUACUUAGUCAAAUACCUGAUCUUCUCACUGAUAGAAUACAUCACUCAAAUACACCACAACAACGUCAAACAAAUACCUCUCAUUACAAUGCAUCUGGUUCGAAUUCUAAUCCUGUACAAAACUCGAACCUAACCCCUUCACAAAUAAAUGAGUUAAAGAAUAUACCAAUAGACCUUCUACAAAAAUUGAUUAAUAUAUCAAAUAGCACUAACACCCAUUCUGCAUCCGCCAUGUUAUCUUCCGAUGUCAAAACGAAUGAACUAUCGAAAGUAUCUUCUAGAACUAGUAAUAUUAGCAAAACCGUUAAUGAUAAUAGUCAAACAAGAAGUGCGAUUGAAAUAGAAACUCAAAGAACCAAGGUAAUCAGCAGUGAUAGUAGCGAUAUUGAUACACCAGUAACUAAAAUUCCAAUCUACCACUCGGAGAAGACAUCUAGAUCUGCUGUGCAAUCACUUUCUCCUGCUCGAGACAGUGGUUUGAUCCAGGACGAAGUGUCAGAGAAGAGUGAUAAAGUGAUUGCUGAAAAUGAUGAAAUAGAAAAGAAACAGAGCACCCCCCAUACAUCUAUUGUAAGCAGUGAUGAGAACGAGGUCAAUAAUCAAGAAAGGAACCCUAAAGCUGAGUCCGAAUCUCCUAAGAUAAUAGAGUCGACAGAUAAAAUAGAAGAAUCAAAAGAAGAAUCACAAGAAAGUGAUGCAGCUAGUACGCUAGAAGGUAAAGAACCGAAAGACACUUAA